UAGGAGGAUCGAAGGACUUGCCUAAUCUGGCAGUUCCGUCCCCCGGUUUUUUGAGUUAUCAGAUCCUGCAUCUAAUCUACAUAGAUUGGGUACGUUGGCCGAUUCGGCGACAUACACACACACACGCGACACCAAUAUCUUUGUGCCUUUUGGUGGCCGUGAGGCUGAGUAAGUACUGGAAGUGUCCUGUAACGUACAGAGAGAACUCUCUGGCAAGCUUUGUGCCAUGGCUUCUGUAUUUCAUAAUGGGCGCAUUGUGACCUUCGAGGGAGAAGGCUCAAAUUUAGUUGAGAAGUUUGUGGACUGUAUGAUUAUCAAAGAUGGUAUCAUCACCUACAUUGGAGAGUAUGCAAUGGUACCGCAAUCAGACUUGUCCAGCGCCGCCUCAAUCACGGAUCUGGCUCAAAAAACAGUCGUCCCAGGUUUCAUCGAUGGGCAUAUGCAUCUCCUUAUGCUCGGUCAGUCACUGACCAAACUCGACCUACUACAUUGCAACUCCCUCGAAGAUAUCCGCGCAACCAUAAAAGCAUACGCCAUCUCUCACCCCGACGAGCCACGUAUCAUGUGCAAGUCCUGGCUCCCGAGCAUGACCAACGACCUCGCCCAUAAGAAUAUGCUCGACGACAUCGACCCCAGGCCUAUCUUUAUCGACAGCAACGGUCUGCACUCAACAUGGUGCAACACCGCAGCUCUCGCCGAACUGGACAUCAAAGACAUGCCCGACCCCCCAGGCGGCACGAUCCAUCGUGACGAAAAGGGCGAGCUCAUCGGCCUCUUGAGCGAAGCAGCAAACAUCAACCUCGUAUGGCCAUAUCUCUCCCGCGUGUCCAGCAUGCCGAAAAAGGUCGCCGCACUUCGCAGCGCUCUCCGCGCAUACGCUGCAACCGGCUACACAGGCUUGGUCGAAAUGGCCAUGGACGACGCCGCAUGGGAAGCGCUCCAAGCUCUACGCGCCGAAGAAGAGAUCCCAAUGCGUAUCUCCGCAUACUGGCUUAUUCUCCCCAAGCCCACCGAAGCAGAAGACCUGGCCCAAGUCGACCACGCAAUCGAAAUGGCACGCCGCUUCAGCAAAACCACCUCGCCAAACUGCCGCAUCAUAGGCAUCAAGUGCAUCACCGACGGCACCGUCGACACCUGCACCGCCGCCCUCAGCGAAACAUACGGCCAAAUGACCUCCCUCACCGACCCCCUCUGGCCCGAAGAAAAGCUCAUCCCAGUCGUCAAGCGCGCCGCAGCCGCAAACAUGCAGAUCGCCCUACACGCCAUCGGCGACAAAGCAGUCACAACCGCCAUCAACGUGCUCCGCGACCACGCUUCCACCCCCGGCCCCGACGCCGCACCACCACGCCACCGCAUCGAGCACCUCGAGCUCACCACCCCCGAAGACGCAGCCAGACUGGGCCUCCACGGCAUCACAUCCAGCAUCCAACCCGUACAUGCCGACCCCUCGAUCCUGCGCGCCUGGCCCGCGCUCAUCGGCCCAACACGCCUCACCCGCGCCUUUGCAUACGCCGAGUUUGCCGCCGGGGGCAGCGUGCUGAGUAUCGGGAGCGAUAGCCCGACUGCGCCGUUUGACCCGCUGGCGAACAUGUAUGUUGCCACGACGCGGAAGACGGCGCGGGCAGGGGAGCUGGCGAAGCCGGAGGCGGAGAGAGCGGCGCCGGUGAAUGAGGGGUUUCGGUUGGGGUUGGCGGUUGGGUGGAAGGCGGAUUUUUGUGUGGUUGAUUUGGAGUGGAGUGGGGAGAGGUUGUUGGAGGGGAGGUUGUGGGAGACGUGGUUUGAGGGGAGGAGGGUUUGGAGGAGGGAGGGGGGAGUGUAGGUUGUAGGGUGGUGGUGGAGAGGGGUGGAGUGGGAUUGUUCUGGUUUGUGUCUGUGUAUACGCGCGUUGUGCAGUCAUGGUCAUAACAGUGGACAGUUUCCUCGGGAUUUCUUUGUGCGUCGUCUCUUGGCCGACGAAUACUUAAGGUAUCUGUCCAUCCAAUUCACUAGACACCCGUCCUAUAGAGUUCCAAGCCACUCGAAUACUUCAUUCUACACAGGUUACGAAGAACCUCACAACCUGCUCAAGAGUUAUCACAUAAAUCAGUUCAUCAUUCAGACCCCACAAUCAUAUGCAUAACAUCAAAGCAGACUUACUCAAAAAACGACGAGCUUCAUACUUCUCCUACGUUGCA